GGCAAGUGAUCACUUGGAUCAGUGACAGGCUUUUAGUGGCGUUGUCUGUCAUAAUUCAUGAUUCUGCCUUUGGGAAAACAGCCUGACGUGCCAAGGAGGAAAAAAAAGAGGGGAGGAAAAAAAGAAACAAAAUAUAAGGGCAGAGUUUUGAUGGGAGUUCGGACAACUUUUUCCUUUUGCAAAUUUCCCCACACCUAGAGAGAGAGAGAGAGGGAGGAGGAGGAGAACCACUUUUGGCUUCGCAGGUUGUGGGCUUCAACCUCUCGUCAUGUUUGACUGCAUGGAUGUUCUCGCAGUCAGCCCUGGGCAAAUGCUGGAUUUCUACACUCCGAGCCCGUCUUCUUGCAUGCUCCAGGAGAAAGCUCUGACUGCAUGCUUCAAUGGACUGACACACAGGGACUGGCAACAGAAGCCCAGCACUCAAUCAAUAGAAACACAGAGCACCAGCUCCGAAGAGAUCGUACCAAGUCCACCAUCCCCCAUUCCACCCCCACGAGUGUACAAACCUUGCUUUGUCUGUCAGGACAAGUCAUCAGGCUAUCACUAUGGAGUCAGUGCCUGUGAAGGAUGCAAGGGUUUCUUCCGGAGAAGCAUCCAGAAAAACAUGGUUUACACUUGUCACAGAGAAAAGAACUGUGUCAUCAACAAGGUUACGAGAAAUCGCUGCCAGUACUGUCGAUUACAAAAGUGUUUUGAAGUGGGCAUGUCUAAAGAGUCUGUAAGAAAUGACAGAAACAAAAAGAAAAAGGAGACGCCAAAGCAAGAAUGCUCAGAAAGCUACACAAUGACAGCAGAAUUAGAGGAUCUAAUUGAAAAGAUUCGUAAAGCUCACCAGGAAACCUUCCCUUCUCUCUGCCAGCUGGGGAAAUAUACUACAAAUUCCAGUGCUGACCACCGGGUACGGCUUGACCUGGGUCUGUGGGACAAAUUCAGUGAACUUGCCACAAAGUGCAUUAUCAAAAUAGUGGAAUUUGCUAAAAGACUGCCUGGCUUCACAAGCUUGACCAUUGCGGAUCAGAUCACUCUUCUCAAAGCUGCCUGCUUGGACAUCUUGAUUCUCCGGAUCUGCACCCGAUACACACCAGAACAAGACACAAUGACCUUCUCCGAUGGCCUUACAUUGAACAGGACUCAGAUGCACAAUGCGGGUUUUGGGCCCCUGACAGACCUUGUAUUUACGUUCGCCAGCCAGCUCCUGCCACUUGAAAUGGACGACACCGAAACUGGCCUUCUUAGUGCUAUCUGCCUGAUCUGUGGAGAUCGGCAAGAUCUGGAAAAUGCAGGAAAAGUGGACAAACUGCAAGAACCACUUCUGGAAGCUUUAAAGAUUUACAUACGGAAAAGAAGACCCAAUAAGCCCCAUAUGUUCCCAAAGAUAUUAAUGAAAAUCACAGAUCUCCGAAGCAUAAGUGCAAAAGGGGCAGAACGUGUCAUCACACUCAAACUGGAGAUCCCCGGAUCAAUGCCACCCCUUAUCCAAGAAAUGUUGGAAAACUCAGAAGGGCACGAUCCCCUCACUCCCGCAGCAGACACAAGCACAGAAACUAACGGGAGCAGCAGUCGAGCGCUAGAAGCCAGUCCCAACCCCACUCUGUCUCCUAACACUGCAGUCAAUGGACCAAACAGCCAUGUACCAAACACACAGUGAGAUCUCCCUGCAGCUGACCAACCACUUCCAUUCCCGAACAUGAUCUCUUCAGUUUUGUUUUCUUUUUUGUUUUGAACAAGCAAGACCCAAAGGGCCAGGCUGGUAACAGUAUAUUCAACAUUAGAACCACUGAAGCUCCUGACUAUAAUGGACUUUGGAGUCUGGGAAUACUGAGGAAUAAACAGUGUUGGUCAGGUUCCACCCUCAUGAAUUGAAUGCAGUCAGUUCAAAGACUGAUACCUGGUAAAGUCCAUCUGUAUAUCCACUGUUGCAUGCCGGGAAGAAGCCGUGGAAAUGAUGUUGAACUCUGAUUAUUACGUUAUUUUGCAGAGUUAUUCCUCGAUGUAUACUCACUUUCUAUGCUGGAGUUUCCGGUGCUUUCUCAUUGCCUUGCAUAUCAUGUUUAAAUACACACACCAAAAUAUGGAACAAAGCCUAAACACAUACGUCAGGUGAGUUAUGGUUGUAGGAUUCUCUGGCUUAUUCUUAAUGUUACUGUUGUAUUUUCCUGCAUUUCUUAUUCAGAAUAGCCUAAAGGUUGGAAUUUUACCCUCAGUGCACCAGCAUUCAAUUUUGUCAAAUAAACAAGGACAUAUUUCCACCUUCUUUUGCAAUGAAAAAGAGAGUUUGAUAUUUUAAUUUUUUUAAAUGCUAUCAUUAUGUGCUGCUGGCAAUUGUUUCCCACUGGCACACAGUUAGCCUACAGUACCAUGUUCUUUGUAUGAGUGUUUACAGUUCACAAGCACUUAAAUAACAGAUUUUUUAAAAGAGAAGGCAAUUCUCUGAAGACACUAAGUCAGAACAUGAUAUUUUUGCAGUAGGGUUCAUCCAUUGCCCACCGACUAUAUACUAGCGUCCAAAGCUAGUCAGAUAUGUUUUUUUAUUAUUAUUUCAGCUGUGCAAAUUCAUUUCGUGUUCAGCAACAGAUCAAGGCAUAAAGUAAAAUGCUGCAUGUUGUUUGCAGUAAAGGUAGCCUCCAAGGCACAACACUUCUCAGUGUUAUUUUGUUGUUUUAUUUGCUUGUACAUGAGCCAGUAAGUAAAUUUCACCUGGUGGCUGACGCACAUUAUAUCUCUCUGCAGAAGUGUGUAACUAUUGUAGAUUUGAUCUUGAGUACAGUAAUUUGAGUUUAUUGAAUCAUUCUUGUGUCUAAAGCACUAGUGGGAUGUUGUUUUUUAGCAUUAGGAUUGCUCUGUACUUUUACUGGCUCUGUACAUUGAAAUUGUUUAACAAUGCUUUCUAUGUUCAUAUACUGGUUAUCUUUUCCAUUAAGUUUCCUGGCAAAAGAAUAAAGUAUAUUUAUUUUA